GUCGAACUUCCCAUAAACCGUUAAACUCCGACCCGGAAGUACAUGUGCGGUCACACGUACGACAUGCUUCUUUUGAACACAAUAAUAGGAAAAAAAUAUCAAAGAUCGACGUAUUGGGGCAAAUAAUGAGUAAAAGAACUUCAAGAAGACACCUGCUGUAAUCAACCUUUGAGGGAGUGCAAGAAUGUCAGGGCUUAUGUUGAACUUGGUUUGUGAGCCUAUUCGAGAAGGCAAAUCAGGUAAAUCCAGAGGAAAUGCUAAGCAUGAACGUUUCCUUGGAAGGAGACAUUACCUGGAACACAAGGGUUUGUUAAAAGAGAAACAAAAUAAAAAGCGAAACAAAAAGUCAAGGAACACGCAGCUCAAUGGAGACGAUCAAUCAAAACCAGGCGCUAUUUUUCCUAAAUUUACCUCUUAUCUGCCCAAGAAGACCAGUGAGCCUUCUAGUUCUGCACAGACGUUUUCAAAGAAAUCCACAUUUUCAUUUCCAUCCACUGCCUCCACAUCUCAGAGGCAUCCGACACACCAAGCGGCACCCUACACCCUCGGACCUUUAAAAUACGUGGCGUUGGACUGUGAGAUGGUGGGAACAGGACCGAAGGGGUGUCGCAAUGAACUCGCCCGCUGCAGUAUCGUCACCUACGAGGGUGAUGUGAUUUAUGAUAAAUAUAUCAAACCCAUCGAUCCAGUGACAGAUUUCCGCACUCGCUGGAGUGGAAUCAGGAGGCAGGACCUACUCCAUGCCAUACCCUUUGAUCAGGCACAGAAAGAGAUUGUGAAGAUAAUAACAGGGAAAGUGGUUGUGGGCCAUGCCAUCAAUAAUGACUUCAAGGCCUUAAAAUAUUUCCAUCCUGCUUGCCAAACACGAGAUACGGCGCGGAUUCCACUGCUAAACCAGAAAGCUGGGCUGCCUGUGAAUGAAAUGGUGUCUCUGAAGAGGCUCACUAAGGCUAUUCUCAAAAAGGACAUACAGACAGGGAAGGGAGGCCACUCAUCAGUAGAAGAUGCCAAAGCCACCAUGGAACUGUACAAAGUAGUGGAAAGCAUGUGGGAGCAAAAACUCUCAGCUCUCAGCUCUCAGCCUUUCAGCUAAAGCAAUGGAUCUAGCUCUGAAUCAAAAAGUUUUUUAAAGAUAAGAUUUUUUACUUCCCACCUUUUAUAUCAGCUAAACAUCUCAGCCAUGCCUGGUUUUAAAUUCCACUAGGGGCUCUUUAGUUUCUGUAAAAAAGAAAAGUAUUUUAAGUUAACUAUUUUGGUUUGUUGGCUAUUUAAAGCAAUUAGGUUGCAGAUAAUUAGACUUUAUGCUAACUGUAUACAUGAUGUUUAGAGUUACGUUCAGAAUCUUUACAGAAAGUAAAAAAAA